AUGCCUAGAUCAUAUAUGCUAUCAUUGUGCUCAAUGCAAUUGCAAGGUCUCGUUGACAUGAAUGUAUUUGGUGAUAGAAAAAGCGGCCUUAUGAAUCCUGAAGGACAGAAGAAAGCAUUUUGCAGGCUGUCCAAGUUAAGAUGGGCAGGCUCAGGAGCCCGGACUGAGAUGGCUUAUGCAGUUUAG